AUGUCUCGCCAUAUCAGGCGCAGUACCUCUAGCAGGAAUGCCUCCUCUCCUCAGCCGGCCACAGCUGAGGUUUCUUCGCAGCCGGUCACAGCUGCAUCCACGACACCCGCUCAGAAUGAGCUAUCAGUAGUACCGGAGCUUGUCCAUGGACUUACGCCUCCAACCCGCUACAUCGCGUGGAACUUGCCACCGAUGUCCAACCUCGAGGAAAUCUUUACUGAUAUUGCCCAAAAGGCCAUGGGCCUGGGACUCGAGCUUGUCCUCAAGCAACUGGACGGUCGACCGCUCCGCGUUGCAACUGUGUGCUCGGGGACAGAGAGUCCCCUCCUCGCCCUUGAAAUGAUCCAGCACGGCCUUGGUAUAAACGGCGAGCGAUUCCGGAUCGAGCAUCUUUUUAGUUGCGAGAUCGUUCCGCUCAAGCAAAGCUACAUUGAACGGAACUUUGGGCCGCCUCUCCUUUUCCGGGACCUUCUGGAACUGGGUGGUGAGAAAGCCCACACGGCCUAUGGAUCAUCGGCAUUAAUCCCCGGUGAUCUUGAUAUCCUAAUCGCUGGGACCGCAUGCGUCGAUUUCUCGCCGCUGAACAACAAGAAGGAGGCCCAGAAAGAAAGAGGAGAGUCAGCCUCCACUUUCAACGCCUUGUUGAAGUACUGCGACAGGUAUCGACCCCGACUGGUCAUUUGUGAGAACGUUAGAGGAGCUCCCUGGGAAGACUUCGUUGACGCAUGGUCGAAUGUUGGCUAUUCAGCGGCGUACGAAAUUGUCGACACCAAGCAGUACUACAUCCCUCAUACCCGUGAGCGUGGUUACUUGAUUGCUGUCGACAAACGCCGUCUGGAGAUGCCCGACUCUGGUGCCCUCGCCAUCUCCCGCGCCAAGGAAUUAGUUUCCAAGUUUCGCCGCCCGUGCAGCUCACCCACAAGUUCAUUCUUGUUGGGUGCAGAUGAUCGGAGGUUGGAGCAGAUCGAAAAGGAUCUCUUCACUCGCUUGGAAGCCACCUCGGCUCGCGCUGAGGUUUCCUGGGAGAGAUACAAGGCGCGUCACCAAGUGUGUCGUGACACUUUACCGGCGGGUGAUCAGCGACCAGUGAGCCGCUCGAAGGCUGGAGGGGGUACCUGUACCGGGCCGGAUUUUUACUGGCAUCGGUGGUUCAAAGCUCAGGUGGAGAGAGUAUGGGAAACGCUCGACAUCAAAUACUUGGUCUCCCUGACCAAUGGAUUUGAUUUCAACUACAAAGAGCGUUUCAUCGACUUGUCUCAAGGCGCUGACCGCGGCACGGAGAGUACCGCUUCGUUCGGUGUGACUGGGUGCCUGACUCCAAUGGGUCUGCCCUUUCUCACUACUCGUGGUGGCCCUCUGACAGGACUUGAAGCUUUGUCACUCCAAGGUCUACCGAUAGACCGUUUAAUUUUGUCCCAUGAAUCAUCCAGAGAGCUUCAAGACCUCGCCGGCAACGCCAUGACCUCGACCACCGUUGGUGUAGUCAUGCUCUCCGCUCUGAUUGCUUUUUCGUCCGUGCUUAGUGAGGGCACAGGAAGUACUCUGCAAGCAAGUGUUGGUCCGACGACAAAACCGCCCACGUCCCUGUUUACAGUUGAGGCAGGUCACAGCCUCGUUGCCACUGAUAUGGAGAACUACUGCCCUUCGGACGCCGAUGUCAGGGACUUCCUGUCCACCAUCAUGGCGCGAUCGGUGCUAGCCGCCCGUCUCUGCUUGUGCGAGAAGCAGACUCGGGUUGAGCAUAAUAUCCUCCAGUGCCAUCUCUGUGAACAUACGGCUUGCUGUUUCUGUGCUGGAAAUCCUUCGCACGCGUAUGGGCCAAAGGUAAUGAACGGACAACGGAUCAAACCACUGGAAUUCGACCAGAUGCUGAGAAAGAUCCUCCCCAUGCGGCUCAAAUUCGCCGAGCUCAGGAGUGAGGACUCCCAGCCAAUCAGACCCCAAUCUCUCGACAAUACGCCCAUCACGAAUUACGACGACACCUGGGACCAGUACAUCUCCUCUGUCCAAAGCGCCCUUCGUGAGGAGGUGCGUUUCACUGACAUCAAACGGACAGAGAUCUGGACUGUCUCCUUCGAAGGUGAAUUUGCGAGCGUGCGUCUUGAGAUUGAUGGUCAUGGUCUCCAGUGGCUGUUAUUCGCCAAAGCUCCUCGAAGUUCCCAGGCACAAUGCGUGCUGAGAGAGAUACUCGCAAAGCCGAUCGCGAGAAUGCGUCCCGCUAACCCCGAGUGGUUGUUCGAUGGUGUUUGGGAGGUACUGGACCCCAUAAGCACCGAGUUCGCUCUCCGAGUACGUGGUUCGGGUCACCAGGUGCCUACAUACCAGGUUGACUGCGGCCUGCUCGGAUCCGCACACCUCGACGCCCGGGUGUGGACGCAUCUUGAGAUCGAUUGCGACCAAGCAGAUGUCGAUCAUCUUGAUCGGGAUUUGCGCGGCAAAUACGAAAGACUUGCUGAUUGCGGAACCGCUGAAGGAUGCUUGUACAAGAAAGAUUGCUCGGAGCUUCAGCCUCCCGUCUACUUGUUCCUUGAUCCUCGCAAGGCUGGUCCUAUCACGCAAGAUACGUUUGUGUUCUCCAUUGAACACCGAAGGACCCCUGGUUACGAAGUGCGAAGAACCGUUGCUGAGCUUCCGCCUACCUGGCGGCCAGUGUCUGUCAAGACGACUCGGGACAAGCUCUCUGCUUACGCACGGCGAUUUCACCAAGUUCCCAGCAUGGUCUUGAGUCCCUUUGAUGGUCAGCCAAUUACCUACCAUCACUUGGAUCUCAGGACUGACAUGGUUUUUCGUGGCGGAGACUGCCGUGGGGCAUAUAUACCCCUGAUAUCUCUCUCAGCAGAUGAUGCUGUGACCUUGGGCCUGUCUGAGCGCAGGAGGUCGUGGGCGUCUACCAAUUCCGAGAAAGCCCCGAAAGCAUUCUCAGGAAUUGCUUGGGCUCUUCAACGGGUUGGAGAUGCGAUUGCUUCCCACCAUCAGUGGGAAAUCCUUGAGCUUGCAGGUCUUAGCACCAGUUGCGGGACCUGCAAGCCAACUCAACCUUUCUUAAUCUGGGGUCGUGACCAGAAAGAAAGAGUUGUCCUCUACGAAGAUCCUCUGGAGGCGGCGGUCUACGAGCGUGCCGUAAAACAAAGGCCACCCCCCUUCAUGAUCUUCGAGAACGUUGAUACCUUCGGCAGGGGGGAGCUGAAAAUUGCAGUCAAUCUGCAGUCGAUGGCGCAUUCCGCACUCGGAAAGCUCAUCGACAUCAACGAUCUCACCGGGGCUCAGUUGACGUGGCGGCUGGUCCCGAAUGCGCAUGACAUGGGUCGUCAAAGUCACCAUGCGUUCGUCCUCCAGGACAACCUGGGUGAUUCCUGUCAUGCGCAACCCCCGAAUUUCACACAACCGCUUCGCCCAGAACAGCUGCGAUCAUUAACGUGGAUGGUCGCGCAAGAAGCUGACGACAUCAGGCCAUUCGUUGAAGAGGAGCUUGAGGAAGCCCUCUUACCAAUGAUGGCCUGGCGAGCGGAUGUGAAGGUCUCACUCCCGAGACUCGUUCGUGGAGGAUUGGUCGCCGACGAAGUCGGGUUUGGAAAAACCGCGAUUGUACUCGGCUUGAUAGAUUCUCAGUUCAAACAGGACCAAGUGAGGUCCAGGAAUUCGGUGAAGAGCAGUCCGUUGCAAAACGGACUACUAACCACGAAUGCAACUCUGAUCGUGGUGCCAAACAACGUUUGCACCCAGUGGCAGACGGAGAUCGUCAAGUUCCUCGGCACUAAGUACCGAGUCAUUACCAUUCCCAAUGUUGUCAAGCUCCGGAAACUUUCUUUCGAAGACAUCCGGCAAGCGGACAUUGUUCUCGUCUCUUGGACAGUUCUGGUUAGUCCGGUGUACUACAGGCAGCUUGCGCUGUUUACCGGAGCCGCACGGGUUCCUAAUGAGGGCAAAGGUGGACGCACUUUUGACCUCUGGCUCUCGGAUGCGCAGGACUCUCUGAAGGACUUGAAUGGUCUUCUGGCAACCGCUGGCCCCAAUGUCUACCUUAAGGAGGUGUUGGAUCGCCACAAUGCGGUGAGGAAUGACCAAAAAGGCUCGACAUACAAGCCGUCUCGUCGACUCCGCGGCCUUCGUUUCCAAGCGGAGGCCAAUCAGAGGUUGCAGGAAGUGCAACGACAGGAAGCAUGCUCUGUUCCCGGCUCUAACGAGUCGAAUAUCAAAGGGGAGUCACCGGUUGAAGAAGCUAGAGAGGUGCAUACUGAGGAGGAGAUCCGGAAGGCGUUCGUCAUCCCUGAUGUUGACGAGCCGGAUUUCUCGAUGCAGUGCCCAUUCCUCCACGCUUUCCACUUCAACAGACUUGUCAUCGAUGAGUACACUUAUGUGGACGAGGACAGAACAGCCGCCCUUCUCAGGCUCUCUGCCCGUUCCAAGUGGAUACUCUCUGGCACACCUGCCCUUGGGGAUUUCGCUGACGUGAAGAGUAUUGCACGCCACCUGGGCGUUCACCUCGGAAUUGACGACGUCGCCGACGUUCCGUCUCACAAUGCGAGACUGAAGGCAAAGAAAAGCCACCUGACCAGUGUCGAGAAGUUUCUAAUGUAUCAAGUCCCUCACAGCAACGACUGGUACCAGAAUCGUCAUCGGCACGCUCAGCGCUUUCUCGACCAAUUUGCCCGCCAGAAUGUCGCCGUCAUCGAUCAUAUUCCAGUCAAGCUCCAUGUCAUUUUGUCCGAGCAAUUUGACCAGGAGCGGGCCGAUUAUUUGAGUCUUUUUGACAGACUCGAAUUGGAGAUGGGCCGAAUCCGAAGGUUCCCCAACCCCGACAACGAUCCACGGAUUGACCGCUUGAACGAAAUCCUUCUUUCAAGUACAUCUCCAACCGAGGUCUUACUGAAAGCUUCCGUCACCUGCAAGCUACAUGAUCACGCAUACACCAUCAAAGAAUGCGACUCUCAGAUCAUAGCUCAACAUACAAUGAAGACGGAAUUGGACCUCAAGCUGAAGAAUUUGAUCCAGCAAUUCUACUACCUCAGGUCUCGACAAAACCCAAGCCUAGCUGUCUGGGAUGGUUUCUUAGACCGGACUUCAGUCAACAAAUGUGGCGAUAAAGAGAACCAAGCAAAUAACACCGAACUCAUCGGCAAAUUUCACACGGCUCACAACAACUGGGUGCGCGAUCAAAAACAAAAGCCACGUCCAGCCAAGUCCCAAGCUCAAAGCGACCUCGAAGCCAAAUGCAACACACGAAUUACCAAAGCAACCAAGCAGGCAGAAACAGCAUUGAAGUCUAUGAAAAAAUUACUUGCUGCUGCGACUGGAAUUGCUGACAAGUUUUAUGAGAUUGAUGAGACCGAGCCGACUUCCUCAGACAAUGAAAGCGAAGUGGACGAAACCCAAUUCAAUUCGCGAAAGCGAGCCAAAUCUCUGAAGCAACCCAAGGCUCGAAAGCAACCCCGAAUAUCAGGCGAACGAACACCUGCCCAGAUUGCCGCAGCUGUAACCAUGGAAGCCAGAAUUGGCAUCAACCUCGCAAAGGCACUGGGUGCCGAAAUCGAUUCCGCGAUCAAAGGAUGUAUCAAAAACACACGCGACAUCCGAUUCCACGCUGUAAUGAAAGCCAUGCAAUCCAAUAUCGAUGACGACGACCUACAAUGCUCAAGCUGCGAGUUCAGAUCUCGCAGCACCAACGAUCUAACUGUCAUUCGAUCCUGUGGCCACCUCCUCUGUAAGGCAUGUCUUGAGGACAGUCUUAUAAUAGGCGAAUGCGUUGUUUGGAAAUGCGACGCAUCUGCCGUGCCAUCCAAAUGCAUAGGUGGCAAAGAUUUAAAAAGCUCAACCAUUAUCACGGAAAGCAGCAAGCUUACCCGCUUUAUCGAGCUGAUCCAUACCAUCCCAGACAGCGAACAAGUCGUUGUCUUCGCUCAAUAUGACGAGAUUAUCACACUUCUCACCCGAGCUCUUGAACUUGAAGAAGUCGAUUCGCGCACUGUCCGUGCCGCACAAGUCUCGGUAAUCUCAGAUUUCAUCAAUGAACCCCCGAAGACAUCAACGCCUCCUAAGGUCCUGAUUCUUCCUCUCGGAGGUGCAAUGGCCGCUGGACUAAACCUACAAUGUGCAAACCAUCUAAUUUUUGUGUCACCAUUACACACACCCACUCAACAUGAAUACGAAGCCGGCAUGAAGCAGGCGAUUGGACGAGCUCGCCGCUACGGACAGAAAAAGAUUGUACAUGUCUACCAUAUGCUUGUGAAAGAAACCCUAGAGGUCAAUGUCAUUCAAGAACGGCGUGGAGAAGUCGUCGCCUGUCAAGGCAAUUGUGCAAAAUUUGUGGACGAUAUUGAAGAUAUUGAGGAUGUUCAGACAUGUGAAGGAGAAGAGCUCGAUCUUGAGCUUGGAGGUGCUAAUCUAAUGUGA